CCAAAUAAUCUUGCAUGUAUUGAUUUUUAGAAUUUGAAGAUUUGUUUACCUGCUGCAAUUCGUGCAAUGCCAUAUGGAUUAUAUAGAGUUGUUAUUACUGACUGUCAUCUUUUUAAUUUAUUUUUAGGCACAUGUUAUCUCAGUGAUAUCUGCUUUAACUUGUACGGAAUUGCUUGACUUUACUAGCAAUCAUUCGGCACUUGGACGAAAUCACGGGAUGCAUAUGGUGAAUGUGAAUGGCAAGUUGUGCUGAGGUUCGCGCAAACCAGUGUGCCUCUGCCAUUGAUAGCUUGGCGGCCUUUUAUUUCAACAAUAUCACAGGUGGUGAUGGCCCUCCUUCACCAGCUGCACUAAAUCUUGCUCUGCAUAUUGGAGAGUUCCCCACUCUGUUUCCUCAGAUACUUUUGGCGCUUUCUGAGAUCAUCAUCUUUGAGGAUGCGGGUAACCAAUGGAGUCUUAGUAGACCAAUACUAAGUCUGAUAAUGAUCAGUGAACAGAUGUUUAGUGAUUUGAGGGCACCUGAUAUAACAAAGCCCAGGUUAUAUAUAUGGCUUCUAACUGAGCUUGUUAGAUCAUCUUUCAAAGAGCACAUAUAUUGAUCUAGUUUGUUAUUUCAGGGUGUAUUUCUAAGUCUUACAAAAAUUUCAUGCCAACUCACACCCUUGUUUUAUGACACUAAUUUCAUGCCAACUCCUAUAGACCGUCCAAGAGACCAUCAGUGUAGAUACAGAAACUGCAGCUGCU